UCUGACGUCACGGCAGCGCUCGGCAGUUCCUGCACACCCUCGCCAGGAUGACUACUGCGGCGGACACUUUUGGCGUUCCCUUGAAAAAGGCAUCAGACAUUGAUGUCCUAAAGCCGCUGAAAAAUUUGAUAACCUCUCGCUAUCAGACAGCGGACCAAGAGAGCUACGUGAGUGCUAUCAACGACCUGGCUAAGCUGCGGAACUCGGCGGUGUGCAGGACUCUAGAUAACCAUGAAUCAUCCCUGGAGACCCUGUACAGAUAUUAUGACCAGAUUGUUGCCUUGGAGUCCAAGAUCCCUCCAUCAGAGAUACAGAUUCCCUUCAAAUGGAAAGAUGCCUUCGACAAGGGAUCCAUCUUUGGCGGCCGUAUCAGCCUCACGGUGGCCUCGUUGUCAUACGAGAAGGUGUGUGUGCUCUACAACAUCGCUGCCCUGCAGACCCAGGUUGCUGCAGCGCAAAAUUUCACCUCAGAUGAUGCCCUGAAGCUCAGUGCAAAGUUGUUCCAGAGUGCUGCAGGAAUCUUCAACCACCUGAAGGGCAUUGUCCACUCAGCAGUGCUGCAGGAGCCCACACCAGACCUGCAGCCUGAGACACUGACGGCACUGUCCAGUCUUUGUGUGGCUCAGGCGCAGGAGGUGAUUGCUGUUAAGGCCAUCAAUGGUCGUAUGAAGGACAUGGUGGUGGCCAAACUCUGUUCCCAGUGUGAAGAUUUGUUUGGUGAAGCUUUGAAGCACCUCCAAAGGGAGACUCUGAAAGGGCUGUGGGACCGUGACUGGAUCCCUCGUGUGGCAGGCAGGCAGGCCGGCUACCAUGCCCUGGCUGAGUACCACCAGAGCAGAGUAUGUAACAGCAAGAAGACGGUGGGUGAGGAGAUUGCUCGACUCAAACAUGCUAUGGAGCUGUUCAAGACGGCCCAGACCCGUGCUGGGGACCCAAGCCUCUUUGAGGAGAACAUUGGCCGUGCACAGCGGUCGCUGGAUGAGGCUGUGAAGGACAACAACUUCAUCUAUCAUGAGGCUGUGCCUGAUUUCAAGUCCCUGGCAGGCAUAGACAAGGCUGCUGUGGCCAAGGCAACACCAGUGCCUGAGAAGUUCAGUGCUAACUUCACUGACUUGUUUGAGACCUUAGUACCUGUGAGUGUCCAGCAGGCCCUGGCAGCCAACGACACCCGCAAGCAGGAGAUUGUCAGCAUGGAGAUUGGCAAGCUGAGGGAGAGCACGCAGCUGCUCAACUCUAUCCUGGCCUCCCUCAACCUGCCAGCAGCCAUUGAAGAUGUCGGAGGAGAGAAGGUUCCUCAGUCCCUGCGUGAGAAGUCUGCCUCUGUUGCCCAGGCUGGAGGUGUUCAGGCUCUUGACAAGAUGAUCAAGGAGCUGCCAGAGCUGCUCACAAGGAACAGAGAGUUGCUGGAGGAGUGUGAAAGGCAGCUGACUGAAGAGAAGGAGUCAGACAACCAACUGCGUACUCAGUUCAAGGAACGGUGGACCAGGACACCCUCAGACAAGCUCACAGGAACCUUCCAGACCAAUGCUCAGAAGUACAGGAAUGUGAUAGAUACGGCAGUAUCAGCAGACACCACCAUCCGAGAGAAAUAUGACAAACAUAAGGAAGGAAUGGACUUGCUCUCAGCUGGCCCUGAAAACUUGGCUGCUUCUCUACCCUCUGCUGGGGCCAGUGACAAUGGCAGCAAUCCAGCCAUUCAGAGGCUCAAGCAGCUGAUGGAGGAUGUUGAGACUCUCAAGGCUGAGAGGGAUGCCAUAGAGUGUGAGCUGAAGAGUGCCAAUGCAGAUAUGAAAGACGAGUUCCUGAAUGCACUGUCGCAGGAUGGAACCAUCAAUGAAGUUGCCAUUUCCACAGAAAGUUUAGGUCGUCUGUUUGGCCCCCUGCAGAAACAGGUGAAAGAAAGCUUGGACCGCCAGGAAGGCUUGGUGAAAAAUAUUCAGGAAGCUCAUGCUGACUUCUGUAAAGCUGCAACAGGUGUUGGUGGUGAACGGGAAGCCAUGCUGAUGAAGCUGGCAGCUGCCUACGAUACCUUCAAUGAGCUGCGCAGUAAUCUUACAGAGGGCACAAAGUUCUACAAUGACCUCACCCAGCUGUUGGUUAAUUUCCAAGGAAAGAUCAAUGACUUCUGCUUUGCUCGCCGCACAGAAAAGGAAGAACUGAUGCGGGACCUGACGCAGGGCUUGGCUAACAUGAAGGUGGGCACCACUCCCAACACCCCAGCCCACCAUCAGGAUGCUGCUGCCAAGUCUCCUCCUCCCCGCCCUCCCCCACCCACUGUUCCUAACCCUUACCAGGGUGCUCCACAGCCAGCAGCGCCUCAGCCAGGAGCACCACCAGCACAGCAACCUGGGGCACCCCAUAUGCAGGCCCCUCAUGCCCCUCAGAUGUAUGGUGCCCCUCAGCCAGGAGGUCUGCCUUACCCUGUCAAUCCUACAGGGAUGCCAGCUCCUCAAGGGUAUGUGUACCAGAGCUAUCCAGUGUACACACCCAUGCCUCAGGGGUACUAUCCUUACUUCCAACCACAGCAGCAACAGCCGCCUGCACAGCCAGGGUACCCGCCUUACCCUCAGCAGCCCUACCCUAACUAUCCCUACCCACCACAACCCCAUCCUCCACAAUAGUGAGCCUUCCCUUGGUAUAUCAUAAAGAGAAGCUUAUACUUAAACUUUUUUGCCAAUCUUUAUGCUUAGUUUGCAAUUUUAUUACUAGUGUGUGAGUAACUGAUCAUGUUGGGUUGUAGUGUGUGCAGUGUGAUGUGAAGGUGCUGCUGUGGCUGCUGGGUGGAUGCAGCUUCAGGGAUCUACUGUGUAUGCUCUGUAUUUCUAUGAAGCAUUCCACAUUUGGAAUACUACUUUUUUCCCUUUGAUUUUGUUGCAGUACUUUUUUUUUUUUCCUUCCUUAGAUGUUUGCAUCAUGUACUAGCCAAGUUUUAUAUUUGCCUUUUGUAGCUGAAUUUAUUUGUGACAUGUAGCCUUAAUCAUUUUUACUUUUCAUUUUUACUUUAAGACUUCCAUAUUAAACUUUGGUUUCAAAGUUACCUGCAUAGAGAAUUACCUUUGAGGAAUGCAGUGGUGUUUAGUGUGAUCCAAAGUGAUAUAUGGGCUGACCGGGCCUCAAAUGUUUGUGCAUAUAUAGUGUGCACCACUGGCCUCAUCCUAACUUAGUGAGCAAUCCAGGGAGGACAGAGUUAGAAAAUUGCUCCUACAAUUUGUUGCAUGUUACAUGAAAUAUUUUAUUGUUCACAUACUUUAGAGCAAAAUGAUAUUUAAACUAUGCAUUAAUGAAUAUAUCUACUCAUCUAAAUACAUUGCAGUCACAUAAAAAUAACACAUAGCAAUUAUCACAAGAUGAGGCCUGUGCUCUUCAGCUUAUUGCAUUGUGCAUGGGAAUAUGAUUUACAGACACAUUGACCACUUACCUGAUGUCAGGUAUACUGGGUUCAACAUCCAUGAUGAAUGUGUGCCUGUAAAACUCUAUUGACAUAAGCUGUUUGCUGGUAGGUUCAUGAGCAAGAAUGGUUAAAGUAUAACUGAAAGAAACUCAUGAAUGACAGAACUUGCGUGAUAUAUUUACAUAUCAGGAACUCUGUAUGUUCUGUCAUUUAUGUCAAAGAUGCCUCUUUUAUCCAGUCAAGUCAGCUCAGUGCUCCUUCUGACUGACUAUCAGCCAUGUGUCACAGAAAUAAUUUAUCUUAAUAUUUAAGGACAUUUUAUACAUAUAUAUAGUAAAAUUAAACAAACAAGACAAAACAUUUUAUUUGAUGAAGAGGUGUAAGCCUUGAAUCAGUGGCCAGGUGGAGACUUUAUGAGGUACAGCCUCCACACUGAAACCUCUGUUCCUUGUGUGGAAUGUGAUUAAUGAUGUAUGUUGUGAGCUGGGGACAUCAGUGGUGGUGGCCAGAAUUCCCUCAUUUUGUGAAGUUUUGAAAGUGUUUACCCUUGCUACGAAGGAUCGACAAGUCUGUUACAAUGCAUGUAGAAGGAAUAUAGAGUGUUGAGAAAAAUCAAAACAACAAAAAAACAGGUCAAAUAAGUGUCUAGCAUAGUACUGCAUACUGAUAUAUUUCAUGUGGUAAAGUACCCAAAUCUGAAGAGGUGUUGCCAUGAAAGGAAUGUUUUAGACAGGAAAAAGAAAGGUGGAUACAGCAGCAUACUUAAAGCUUUGAUAUUAUUAGACUUGUUGAUUUCAAGUACAUAUGACUAGGCAUCAGCAAGGGUGUGUGUGUGUGUGUGUGUGUGUGUGUGUGUGUGUGUGUGUGUGUGUGUGUGUGUGUGUGUGUGUGUGUGUGUGUGUGUGUGUGUGUGUGUGAGAGGGAGAAAAAGAAAGACUACUGUUGUUUGCAGCUCUUAGGAUGGCAUAGAACAUACAUGCCCACUAUGCUUUUCUUUUCGGUUGAGUUUAUUAACUCGGAGUGGUUGUAAGUCACUUCAUGUAUAUUUCAUUAUUCAGUGAUCUUUUCUUUGGUCUGAAGGAACUGAUGAUGACUACUGGAGUCCUGUGUUGUCACUCUGCCGCUUAAAUCAACGUAAUCUUUAGAAUAUUUUCAGUUAUGCUUUUUUUUUUUUUUUUUUUUUUUUUUUUUUUUUUUUUGUAUACAGUUAUCAUCCAGAAGGUAUGCUGUGUGUAGAAUUGUAAAUAGUGCUUGUAACAAUGAUAAAAAGCAAAUCACAGCUUAAAUUUUGUUGAAAAUAUUUUGUCACAAUAUAUUACUAUAUCAUAAUAAACCAUAAAGCCUGA